AUGGACGUGGUGGGGAAGGUGGGGGCGUCGGUCGGGUUGGGCUUCACGCUCAUCUUCAAUGCCUUCCCGUCCCUCCCCUUUCUCCCGCUCGGCCGCACGACCCCUGCCCUCCUCGCCGCCGCUUGGAUGGUGGCCACGGGUCUCACUGGUGCGGAAGAGGCCUACCGCGACAUAGAUUACAACACACUGGCCUUCCUCUUCGGGAUGAUGGCUCUCAAGUGCCUCCUAGCCAAGCACAAAUUCGCAAUAUACCUGCGACGAUUGCUGCUCUGGGGUCGGCCGUCUUGGCGAGCGCUGUUGGUGCGGGUGGGCUGCUUAUCUGCCGUGCUCGCCCCGCUCAUCACCAAUGACGCCACUUGCGUCUUUCUCACACCCAUCGUCGAAGAGAUCGCCAUCAGCUUCAAGUACCCGAUGCUGCCGCUGAUGCUGGCCAUCUGCACGUGUGCCAACAUCGGCAGCGCGGCCACCAUUACGGGCAACCCGCAGAACGUGCUGAUCGGCUCCUACGGCAACCUCUCGUACUGGAAGUUCGUCGUCGCAGUGGGUCCGGCGGCGUUGGCGGGUACCGUUGUGAACGUGGCGCUGCUGUGGCUUUACGGGUACGAUCAGAUCAUCGGCCAUCGGAAGCGGAACUCGAUCGACUACGACGACUACGACGACAGCGACGAUGAGAAACAGGGCGUAAGUGAGAGCACUUGGCUCAAGGAGGAGGCUCAGGGCAAUCAAACCAACCAGAUGCAGCAUGUAGAGCAGAGCGAGUAUUACAGCGACACCGACGUCGACGAAGCGUUCGAAGACAGGGUGGGCGCCAUUGGAGGCCGCGGUAGGCUCGGCAUCGCCCUCUCCUUCUCGCUCGUGGUCAUGAUGAUCCUCUUCCUCCUGGGGUGCAAUGUGGGCUGGAGUACGGCGGGCGUGGCCCUCGUCGCGAUGGCCAUCGAGGGAAUCGUCACUCAGACUUCGCCCAGCUGGGUCUUCAAAGAGGUGGACUGGAACCUCAUAGGAUGGUUCGCGGGGACGUUCAUCGUGAUGGUGACCUUUGGCAAGACCGAGAUCACGGCCCAGCUGUGGUCGGGCUUCAUCGGCGCCGACGCCGACUUCACGGCCAUCGGGCCGCUGCUGAAACUCACCGUCGCCGUGCUCAUCCUCUCCAACAUCGUCAGCAACGUGCCCCUCAUCCUCCUCAUGGCACCCGACAUCCUCGCCAUGUCCGACCCUCACGAACAAGAGUACGUGUGGGUGGUGGUGGCGUGGGUGAGUACGGUGGCGGGCAACCUCACGCUGCUGGGGUCGGCGGCCAACAUCAUCGUGGCGGAGCUCAACACGACGCGGCACCUCACGUUCCUCCAGUACCUCAAGUUCGGCUUCCCCACCACGCUCCUCGUCGUCGCCCUCGGCCUCGUCAUCCUCCAGAGCACCUCUGCCGUCCUCUGA